AUGUCUGAGAUGGGAUUUGAGAAUGUGUUUUACUUAGAAAAUUUCGAGUGUGCCGGUGACGAAGUCCUGGUGGAGUCCUCACCGCCCGCCUCGCCCGACAUGGCGGCGCGCCUCGCUGCUCCCGCGCAGGGCGCCGCCACGGGGGCUGAAAACACGUCACCGACUACUACUGUGCGGGAGCUCAUUGUCAUCCCGGAGCUACCGAACUCCAUACACCUGCAGCAUACUAUACAGCAGGUGCCAAACACGGUGGUGGAGGUGAACGGGGACAGCUCGGGUCACUCCAGCCCCACCACUGACGCCCAGCACACCUUUAUCACAGUUGCUAGUGAGGGAGGUAAUGGAGUCAACUAUCACGUGCAGUAUGUGGAGCCGCAGGAGAUUUAUACGCAGACCCACCAGACUCAUAUGGAGCCGCUGCGCUCGUACCCGGUGUACGGCGUGGCGAGCGUGGGCGGCGGCGCAGUGGGCGCCGGCGUGGGCGUGGAGGCCGCGCCCGAGGGCGCCUGGGCGGCCGAGUUCACGUUCGGUGCGGGCGAGGGGGAGGGGGAGGGCACGGGCGCAGGCACGGGGACAGGCGCGGGUGCCGGCGCGGGCGGCGCGGCCGAGCCCGACGCGCCCGCAUCGCCCUCGCCCGCGCACCGCAUGCCGCCCGCCACCGUGCAGUGGCUGCUCGACCACUACGAGACCGCAGAGGGCGUGUCUCUGCCGCGGUCCACUCUGUACGCGCACUACCUGCGGCACUGCGCGGCGCACCGGCUGGAGCCGGUGAACGCGGCGUCGUUCGGCAAGCUGAUCCGCUCCGUGUUCGUGGGGCUGCGCACGCGCCGCCUGGGCACCAGGGGCAACUCCAAGUACCACUACUACGGCAUCCGCGCCAAGCCCGGCGCGCCCGACCCCGCGCUCCCCGACCCCAAGCCCGAACUCGCCGACGCACAGGAGUCGCGGUCGCGCGAGGGGGAGCAGAGCCCGGUGGGUGGUGCGGGCGGUGCGGGGGGCGUGGCGGGGGUGGGGGGCGUGGUGGGGGCGGGGGGCACGCACCGCCAGUACCUGGGCUGCGUCACGCCGCCCGACCCGCCCGAGCUGGAUAUCGACGAUCUGCCCGACGACGUGCCGCAUUCGGCCCUCGAGGGACUGAGGAAACAUCACCGGUCGCACGGCGCGGAGUUCCUGGCGGCUGUGGCGGGGCUGGACACGGUGGCGGUGGAGCGGUCGCGGCGCGCGUUCUGGCGGCGGCCGGUGAUGCUGUGCCGGCGCGCGCUGCUGCAGCUGUGCGCGCGCCGCGACGUGGCGCGCUGGCUGCGCGCCGCCGACCUGCAGCUGCACCAGCGCGCCGUCGACCUGCUGCUGCCCGACGUGCUGCGUCCCAUCCCGCCGCACCUCACGCAGGCGAUCCGCAAUUUUGCGAAGAGUCUGGAAUCUGCGCUGGCUGCUGGGGCAGGCAGCGCUCCGGCGGUAGCGGCGCGCGCUCAGGCCGUGGCCGCGUCCGCGCUCGCCGCCGCGCUGCGCCGCUACACCUCGCUCAACCACCUGGCGCAGGCCGCGCGCGCCGUGCUCACCAACCACAACCAGAUCCAGCAGAUGUUGGCGGACCUGAACCGGGUGGACUUCCGCGUGGUGCGCGAGCAGGCCGCUUGGGCCUGCGCCUGCGGCAGCGCCGCCACCGCGCACCGCCUCGAGGCAGAUUUCAAGGCGACGUUGGGGCGCGGCGCGACGCUAGAGCAGUGGGCUGCGUGGCUGGAGAGCUGCGUGCGCAACGCACUCGCCAUACACGAGCGCCGCAGCGACUACACGGCACGUGCGCGCCGCCUGCUGCUCGACUGGUCCUUCUACUCGUCGCUCGUCAUACGCGAGCUCACGCUGCGAUCGGCGGCGUCGUUCGGUUCGUUCCACCUGAUCCGGCUGCUGUACGACGAGUACGUGUCGUACCUGAUCGAGCGCCGCGUCGCCGCGCACCGCAAGCACCCGCCCAUCUCCGUCAUGCCGCGCGCUCUGGACGACGAAGAAGAUGAUUUACUCGAAGAAGCGCGAGACGGCGAAGACGAGGAUAUGGAGCAGGAACAGGAUCUUGAGGCCGAGCUGGAACACGAACAGGAUCAGGACAACGACAACGACAACGAUAACGACAACGACCAGGACUGGGAGUGGGCCGAUGACGAUGACGAAGAUGAUGACCAGCCCAUCGAAACUAAGAAGACCAAGCUUCAUAAUUAG